AUGCAUGACAGUGUUCCAGACUACUGCGGAUGGGGUGCGAAGCAGGGCAGUAAAGUGCGCACGUGGAAAAAUCGCUACUUUGUUCUACGUGGGUGCGAAUUGAUUUACUACUCUGGAGCAAAGAGCGAUGGAAGUGGUGCCGGGUUGGGUGAAAAAGGGCGCCUCAAAGUGGUCAAUGUCGACUAUACACCGGAUCGAAAAAAUGGUUUGCUGAUUCAUGGUGAAGGUAGAACGCUUAAAAUGACAACAGCUAGUACACAAGAGAGUCGUGUACUGUUUCGGAAGAUCAAGGAAGCGAUUGGAGAGCGAAAGACAAGUUUUGAAAUUUCUACAUUGCAGACUAAUCUGAAUCCGAUGAAAUCUACUGUGGACAAAGAAGGUUGGUUGCUUCGAAAGGAUUAUAGCUCUGGCAAAUGGGAAAAUUGUUACGUCUCACUUUCUGGCAAACAAAUUCAGUUUGAAAGCGAUCAAAACGCAGCGUUGAAUGAUUCACUGACGUUACAGCAAGUCGAAUUAGAUGAUUCAAAUCCGUUGUCAUUGCGACUUAUUGCGGAUAAUAAUUUUGCGGUCUGUGUGGCAGCUAGGACAAAAGAGGAGAUUGAGCGCUGGGAUCGCCUUUUUGCGGCUGCUAUCAGACAGCCUGUGCCAUUGCGUCAUGUAAAACUGGAUGAAUCAGUAAAACAAGAUACCGUAGUAGAUACGGACGUAAUCGAUCAAAAGCACUCACCACUACAGUGGGAAGGCUGGUUAGAAACACUCACAGAAGGUGACAGAAUAUGGCAAAAGCGGUAUAUGUCGCUUGUAAAUGGAAUAUUGGAGACUCGCGAGGGGCCAAUACAGCAGCAUUUGGCGAGACUGAUCGUGACCGAUGUACGAUACAGCAGUGUUCACUCGAAUACUUUGGAAAUUGAGUUUACCACGGACGAUGCACUCAAUGAUGGAAAAACCAUGUGCGCAAGAACCGACACAAUUCAAGAUUUAGACAUUUGGAUGGGUGCACUUUGCGAUGCAGUUGGGAAACCAAGACUGCGACCAACUGGUGCAGUCUCUGAGCCGUUUUCUUCACCGAAUAAAUUACCAAGUCAGGAUCAUCAAAACAUGUCUCUGCUACCUCCAUUUCCAGAAAACAUUCUAGUGGGACGAGACAGUGGUGAACCUUUUGAUUACAACCAACAACCAAAACUUGUGGCCACAUAUUGCUCUUCUGACAAACAAGAUUUAGCUUUUGCAUCGUCAAACUGCACCAAGCGAGGCUGGUUAUACGAACGAGACGAUAGCUUAUCGUCUUGGAAGCAACGGUAUUUUCUUUUGAACGGUAGUACACUUUAUCACAACAAAAAUGUUGGUAAUGUCGCUGAAAAGCUUGGAACUGUACUGGAUGUCAGCCGUAGCGAGGAUUUGAUUGGGUGUCUGUGUGUCAAGUUUAACGAUGGUGGUAGUGUAACUGUUAACGGUGAAACAAAGGCUGACACUGAUGCAUGGUAUACUGCCUUAUAUAAGGCAUCUUUAAGUUGUGCGCCAAGUCCGUCGGGUAGAGCGUCAAAAUCUUGCCGGGAUGACCAAGAGUCUGCGCAUCACAGCGAUCAUGUUUUUCGGGGAUGGUUACUCAAGAGGGGGCAACAUUUUAAGACUUGGAAACGUCGCUAUUUUGUUCUUGAAAGCAGCCGACUUGCCUACAGUGCAAGUGCUGGAAGUGAAAUCUUGGGUUCUGGUGUGGUGUUUGAUGUCGACAUGGGAGACUCUCGCCCGUUUUGCCUCAACAUUCGGUUCCAAAAUGGACGUCUUCUUCAUGUCGUGGCUCCAACUGAAGAAGCUUUUUCGAGGUGGUUUUUUGAGUUGCGAAAAGCGUCAAAUGUAGCUCUGGCUGUAUCGUUUCUGUCUCGAAGUAACGGGAGAAUUUUAUUCGACGAAGAAUUUGACAACGACGUUACAGAGGAUUCAAAUGACGUGGUAGAGGACUUCACCGAGGAAGACCUUGCUGAGUAUGACAUGAACACUACACGGGGUGGUGAAGGGGCUUCACUGUGGAUUGCAGCCAUGCAGAAUAAGCCUGAGUACGAUAAGCAAAGCUCAUCAUUUUCUGAUCAAAGCGAUCGGGACAGGGAUCCGACAGACCAAGAAUCCGCUGAAGUUGUUUCUUGUGUCGAUGAAAACCCCGCAGAUACGACCCAGGGAUGUGUUGGGUGGCUGAAGAAAGAAGGCAAAAAUGUCAAAAGCUGGAAGUGGCGGUACUUCACGCUGUACGGCUCCAAGUUGAGUUACUACAAGAGCAAAACGAAAACCUUAUUGAGGUCUGUUAUUGUCGAGAAUGUUGUGGCACAUCCGUCAAUUUCCCUAGGUUUGAUCGUCUCUACAGUUGGUGGCCGAAAAUUGUUAAUUCGAGGUGAGUCAAAAGAUGAGUUUAACAAAUGGCUCGAUGCGAUACAGGCAGCUGUGACUGUAGAAAGAAGAAGAAAAUCGACAGUGGUGGAGACACCAAUGACGAAUAUGGUUCUAGAUUGUCGAUCAAGUCUGGAUUUGAAAUCCUCAACUAGCUUUAAUGGUUGGCUCGAGAAAGAAGGUCAGCGAUUUAAGACCUGGAAAAAGCGUUUCUUUACCGUCAAAAAUAAUGCCUUGAUUUAUUACAGUGGAAGUGGGAAAGUGGCUCGCGGUCAUGGCAUAGUUCGAGGUGUAUACGAAGAUGAGACAAAGCGACAUACGCUCGUGAUUGAGUUUUGUUGUGGUAAGACCAUGCGUGUGACAGCUCCAAAUGAAGCAGAGAUGAAUGCAUGGUAUCAAGCUUUAUCACGCGGUCGGGCGUCCAGUAGUGCACGGACUGCUGUUUCGGAUGUUAGCGAUGAUGUCAUUGACUCGGAUUUUGAAGGUAAAAAGCCUCAGCGCGCUAAUCGCUUAAGUCGGUUUGAUUCUCAAGACUAUAUUAAUGAUAGCAUUACGAACGACACGAUCAUGCGACUUCGCGACGAGGAAGGAAAGGGAACUAUGCUAAAUAGUGUAUUUAAUACUUCUCGCUCGUUCAAAGGCGAACUUGCAUUUGAUGAAGAGGAAGAAGACUUUGGACUUAGCACGUCUGGUGCCGAUUAUUACCGCAAGCUACAGGUUGAAGAAGCCCGAAUUCAGAAGCAACGCAGUGAAGAAAAAGUAGCGAAAACAGAGUCGCCUAUUACAGGAUGUGCUCCUUGCUGUAAUGUAAUGUGA